CGACCGUGUCAGUCGGUCGUUCGGACGCGCGCGUGUACGUUUAUAUUAAAGCCAAACGACAAACAAUAAUAUUUACAACAAUAAUUUAUAAUAAUAAUUAUUGUAAUGUAAUAUUUUAAUAUACCUCUACGACAUCGUACUGCAAAACGCGCCACGGUCGAACAGGUCGACGAGCUACGAGAUUUUUGUCUACACUGUGAAUUUCAAAUUUUAAGACAAAAUUGUUUUGUCCCUCAUCCUUGGUCCAUCCCAGAUACGCUGUAUAGUAGGCCUAAGCCCGGCCGCGAUCGUCACACCGACCGAUUUGAGGUGCGUAAUAGGGUUUUCACGGAGACUGCUAAAGCAGAUUUUCAAGGGCUGAUUUCGAUUUCGUGGCAGAACAGUUCAAACUUGCAAACAAACGUUGAUGACAGGACAACCGAGGGCUAGAAUUCAAAGAGCCUCCGAAAACAACAUGCCGAUGAAAGUCAAAAGCUAAAGAUAGACCGCGUAAGAACAGAAAAAAAAAUGGAUCAAAAUUCCUAUAGUCCAAACAGGAAGAAACCCCUCGAGAAGAGAUCGUGUACGGAUUGCUUGUGCUUUCUCGGUUUUGGCGUGUUCAUAGCCUGCUGGUUGGGAUUGGCCAGCUAUGCUUACCAAAAUUCGGAUCAAGAGCUGUUCAUUUCACCGUCAGAUUCGAAUGGUCAAGUGUGCGGUCGUAAUAAGAACGUGUCUGAUAAACCGUACCUAUUCUUCUUUGACAUAACCGAAUGCACGUCGCCAAUGAUUUUCGUCCACGGGUGCCAAACUCCUCAGGUAUGCGUGGAAAAUUGUCCAAACACGGAAUGGUCAGUCAAAGAAGUGUUGGACUCUAAGGAGUCUCAAGUCGACUGGCCGGCCAUACAGAAGACUCUGAUAUGCGUCUCUCCCGAUCUCAAUAAAUUGGUCAAUUCGAAGGAAGUGCUGAAAAACUUUACAUCGACCAACCUAUGUGCCAAAUAUUUUACUAAGAGUGAAAUUCUGUUUAAUUAUUGCAUUCCUACUUUAAGCGGUGACUUGGAGAAUCUAAAACAAAUUUUGAAUUCCAACAAUAUCGCGAUGAGCAAUUUUAUCGACGGAACCGCUAUGGUCGAUUGGUUGAAAGUAUCGAAGGAAGCCAGUCAACAUAUAAUAGAAGAUUUAGAAAAAAGCUACCAACACAUCAUUGUUGGUCUGUUGAUUGCCAUCUUUCUCAGUCUAACAUACAUCCUGCUGCUAAGGUGGUUCAGUUGGAUAAUGGUUUGGAUGUCAAUGUGGGCCAUUGUGGGUUUAUUAGCUUUUGGUAGUUACGAAUCGUACUUGAAAUACGUGUCAUUCGGCGACUCCGAUACCGCGACUGCGAUGACGGAAGACGGAGAGCCGACCGACAUCGCCACGGGUGGCGGACGACAGAGUUGGAGCAACUACGUGAACUCCAAACUAAACAAAAAGUCCACCUGGUUGGUGUUCACUGUCGUGUCGACCGUCGCUCUGGUCGUGCUCCUGUUGAUAAUCGUGUUUUUGCGCAAACGUAUACGGCUCUCCAUAGCGCUGAUCGUGGAAGGAAGUCGUGCAAUACUCGAGAUAAAAACAUCACUGGCGUUCCCGGUGUUCCAGUGGCUAUUGUACUUGGUGGUGCUGAUUUGGUUUUUCAUCGUUGCUAUUUAUCUGUCGUCCAUGAAACUAUACGUGUUUAAAGUCAAAGGCCUCGCCAACGACCACGACUGUUUUUGUAACAACAGUUAUUACAAGGACGGUGACUGGUGUACAGAGUCCAAAUGGGAACGGUACUGCAGCGCCAUAGGCAAAAACAAUACCAUGUGUAGAGUGGCCAAAUGCGCAUACGACCACACUGUGUCACAGGACUUCAUCACAGGACUUCAGCUGUUCAAUGUGUUCGGAAUGUUGUGGCUGAUGAACUUUGUGUCGGCAUUCUCCCAAAUGGUGCUGGCCAUUACGUUCACCUCAUGGUACUGGACGUUUCACAAGAAGGACGUGCCGUUCUUCUCGCUUACGAGUUCAUUCUACAAAACAAUCAGAUACCACUUGGGAACAGUCGCUUAUGGAUCUCUGAUCAUCGCCAUCUGCAACUUUAUACGCGUGAUACUUGAGUGGGUAGAAACCAAGUUGAAGAAGUACGACAACUCGUUCACCCGAGCCAUAUUCACGUGCAUGCGAUGCUUCUUUUGGCUGUUGAACAAGUUCUUGAGGUUCGUCAACAGAAACGCGUACAUCAUGUGUGCUAUGUACGGGAAGAACUUUUGCACUUCGGCCAAACAGGCAUUCGACCUGUUGUUGAGGAACGUGUUGCGCCUGGUGGUCCUGGACAGGGUAACUGAUUUUAUAUUUUUCGUGGGCAAGAUCGUCAUCAUGGGUGCCACAAUCGCGGCAUUUUACUUCGAGUUUUACGAACCAAUAGAGCCAAUCAAAAAGAUGGAGUUCUUUAAUCAGCCAGUCCUCAAUCAUAAGUGGCUGCCGAUGUUUAUUGUGGCCGCCGGUUCUUGGGUGAUAUCGUCCACGUUCUUCCACGUGUACUCUAUCGCUGUCGACACACUGUUCCUAUGCUUUUUGGAAGACUCCGAACGAAACGACGGGUCAGCUGAUCGUCCUUACUUCAUGUCGCGGAAGCUGAUGAACAUAUUGGGAACGAGGAACGUGCUGUAAUUUCCAAUGCGUCUACAGAGCGACAUGAUUUAAAUAUUUUUAAUACGUCAUAUUAUAUUAAAAUUAAAUUGUACAUGCGAUCAUAUUAUACAUAAACCUAUAUUUUUGUGCUGCCCACCGCUGACGCCGCCACGUGUGUUCGUGAAAAAUAUACAAUGAAUAUUCACCCAAUAUAAUAAGAUAUAUAAUACACUUAUAUAUUGUAUACCGGUUCCUCCUCAUCCUCCCCUGCAAAUGAUGAUGUUAUUAUUAUAAUUAACUAUUUUAUUUAAUAAUUUGUGUAUGUUAUUGUAAUAUAAUAAUAGUAAAUUACGCAGGGUGUUUAUUUUAUCGUGUGCCGCAUGCUGUAAUAAGAUAUCUACUUCGAGAAACACAAUUCGUUUUUUUAAUAUUUAACAAAAAUAUACUAAUUAAUAUUUUUCUAUGAUUAUUAUACUAUCAGUAAAGAUUCUAUUCUUGAUAUUGAAAAAAUCCUUGUAUCUUCUACCAUAUUGCCAGGUGACUUCCGAUAAAAUAAUCACUCUGUAUUGUUUAUCACCUUAUUAUACGAUAAAUAAUUUUAAUUUUAUACCACACAAAACAUAUCACAUAUAUGUGGUGAUAAUAUAUACCAUUAUACCUAUAUAUGAUAUUAAUACCUAACCUCAGUGGUGGUACAACUAGUAAAAUAUAAUUUCGGGGGAGGAGGGCUCCCAAAACCAUAAGUCGUCUCGAGUGUAGUGAUUACCUAUAUUUAACCUACCCCUACCUAUUUAACUAUUAUUACCAAACAAAUUAAAUCAUCGAUAUGAUUGUCCUCAGCCUAUCUAGUCGUGUCGCAUUAAACAUACAACUGAAGCAGUUGGUAAAGUGGUAAUGUGGUAUGCAGUAUACAAGCUGGUAUGUAUUGUGGUUUCUCAGCAGCAAUUAUUGUUAAAGGGAGCGGAGUUCAAUGCAGAAUGUGAGGUUUAGGACUAGUCUCGGCAGCUGUAUAUCGUUAUUUACGA